AAUGUAUGGAUCAUGGAAUGUUCACGUAAAUACGUAUGUGCAUGCGUGUGAGGAAAUGUGUCAUUUGGCUCUGUGUGGUUUGUCAGGUCAUCCGUCAGAAGCGUAUCACCGAUCGCACACAUAGUGACACUAGUGCAAUGGAUGAUGGUGAUGUAGCGAGUUGUCUGUCAAAAAUGUCGAGAAAUGGUUAUAAAUUUCUCCCUACGUUUUGGGAUUUUUAAUAAAAUUUUGUGCUUUAAAUUUUUUUUCACCUAGAGUGACCUUAAAAUACAAAGAGAAAAUUAGAAGAUAAGGGGCGAUGAGAAACAAUAAAGAGAAGAUUUCUUGAAUUCGCGGAUCUCAAUUAGCGAGCGUGUAAGAGAUAUCCGUGGGCGCAAAGUUCUGUGAAAAAAAACUCUUCUUAAAUCUCUAUUACUCGUAUUAUAAGUAUUCUAUUCUUAGAGUUUCAAAAUGAAUAAUCGAAGACGAACGAAUAACUUUACGUACGUCAGCUCGUGCGUUAAAUACAUGAUUUUUAUGCUCAACUUUAUUUUUUGGCUUUUUGGAGGCUUAUUAAUAGGAGUUGGACUUUAUGCUUUUGUCGAUAAGUGGCAAAUGACUGGAUCGGUUAGAGUUGAAAAUGUUUAUGACAUAGUUCUUAAUAUUUCCCUUGUGAUGAUUAUUGCAGGUGCUGUAGUGUUUAUUGUCAGCUUUGCAGGAUGCGUAGGUGCAUUGAGAGAAAACACUUGUUUACUCAAGUUUUAUUCUCUGUGCUUACUGAUUUUCUUUCUAUUGGAAAUGGGAGUAGCAAUAGUUGGCUUUGUAUUCCCACAUACAUUACAUUCAUUAUUAGAAGAAUCUUUUACAGAUAAAAUUAUUCAAACUUAUCGCGAGGAUCCAGAUCUUCAAAAUUUUAUCGACUUUGGUCAAAAAGAGUUUAAAUGCUGUGGUUUAAGUCAAGAAGGUUAUCUAGAUUGGGGUAAAAAUGAAUAUUUUAAUUGCUCUAGUCCUAGUAGCGAAGGUUGUGGCGUUCCAUUUUCUUGUUGCAUCAAUGCUACUAAUAUUGCGAGUGGAUUAGUAAAUAACAUGUGUGGCAAUGGUGUACAGAAGACACCAGUAUCAGAAGCAAGUAAGAAAGUGUGGACGAGUGGCUGUAUUGAAAUUGUUCGAGCCUGGGCAGAACGCAAUCUUUAUACGAUUGCUGGAAUUGCACUUGGCAUCGCUUUGAGCCAGUUAUUUGUCAUUUAUCUAGCUAAAACUUUAGAAGGUCAAAUCGAAAUGCAAAAAUACCUACCGCUAUCAAGGCUCUUCUUCCAGUAA